AUGGUUGGCCAUUAUAAGAUACGAAACGGGCCUUUAGAGCCUACUAUCAUGGAAGAGGAAGAUGAUGAUGAUGACUUCGAUAUGUUUGAAGAAGAGGAAGAAUUAGAAGGUGGGCCAAGCAGUAAUGGUAGUGGUUCCAAUAUUUUGACCUUUUACCCCUAUGCAAACAAUAAGAUGACCAGGAGUGUGGGUACUUUGAAUUUGUCCUUAAGUAAUACUGCGUUGGGGGACCACAAACAGGUUGACGAUAGUAGUGUGGAUGAAUAUAUUGAUAGAUGGUCCCCUUUCAACGAUGAAAGUCCCUCGACUCCUACUACAGCUGAUAGCAAAAGAAAGUCAAAGCAUGAGAUGUCUCCGUUUAUAAACGACCCAGAAAUUACGAAGAAAUGGAGAAGAAAACCGACAGGUUCAAAAUUGGCCCUAUCCUGGGCACCAAUUCAGGAACUUCAUGAGCAUGAUCAAGAGAAUUCACCGCCGAGGAAUCUUGCGGUACCUGAUCAAACCGCGUUUCUUGCCCCAACGGGACUAGUGUCAAAAGUGGCACAGUCUAGCUUCCCGAAGAAACUUUCUAUACCAGAUACACCAGUGAAGAAAUCGCCCCUGAUGGAGAAUUCGAGGCUCUCAAACUCAAUCUGUGGCUCACCAAACUUCAGUAACCGAAGUUACAAUAUGACCCAAGAAACUUCGCUCCAUAUGCAAUCACCUUCUUUUAAUUCCAUUCCGCAAUUGAUGAUAGACGCUUCCCCACUGAUCAAUCCAUUGAGCGAAGAUGAUAAUGAGAGAGGUUUCAAAGUACGACAUGAGAAAUUACCACCGCAGUUCCAUGUUAGUCGAUAUAAGAAGAUAAAGAAAUCGCGAAACUCUGUUAUCAUGAACAACAAUGACCUGACCAACAGUUUGCAACAGUUCACUGACGAUCUUUACGGGACGGAUAAUAACGACCAACGCACAGAGGAUCCAAAGUCGGACGAUCUAUCUUAUUUCAGUAUAUUACCUCCGCCAAAGGGCUCAAAAGCUUACCAGAAUGACGCAAGUUGUAGUAGUACCGAUACUACACCUACUCGCAAGAAAUCCAUCUUGAAUGCCAAGACAAAGGCUAUAGAAAGUUCCAACAAAAGCACUGCUGAGUCAUCGCCUAAACAUACGCGAAGGUUCAUUAAUGCAAAAGUUACGACGAAUCCCGAUUCACAUCUAUUUGAAAAAUUCACCAACGUCUCCAGCAUAGGAGAUGGCCAGUUUUCUACAGUUUACCAAGUGACUUUCCAACAAACUAACAAGAAAUACGCUGUCAAAGCGAUACAGCCAAGUAAACAUUCUUCAAUCAGACGAAUCUUACAGGAAGUUAAAAUUCUUUCAGAGAUCAGUGAGAGCGUAUUGGAUCAAGAAGGUAAAGAGUAUGUGAUUGGUUUCAUUAGUUCAUGGAAACACCAAGGUUCAUUCUAUAUCAUGACUGAAUAUUGUGAAAACGGUACACUCGAUAGUUUCCUACAAGAGCAGAUAGUGGCGAAGAAGACGAGGUUGGAAGAUUGGAGAAUAUGGAAGAUUAUUGUGGAACUGAGCUUAGCUUUGAGGUUCAUCCAUGAUUCUUGUCAUAUAGUGCAUUUGGACUUGAAACCUGCAAACAUACUGAUCACCUUUGAGGGUAAUUUAAAGUUAGCUGACUUUGGGAUGGCAACACAUCUGCCCUUGGAAGAUUUCGGAAGUGAAAAUGAAGGCGAUCGAGAAUACAUUGCACCAGAGAUAAUAUCGGAUUGCGUCUAUGAUUUCAAAGCUGAUAUUUUUUCCCUAGGGCUUGUUGUAGUAGAAAUCGCAGCAAAUGUGGUUUUACCCGAUAACGGUAACGCCUGGCACAAAUUGCGUUCUGGUGAUUUAUCCGACGCUGGGAGAUUAAGUGCAAAUGACAUUCAUUCGGAAUCUCUGUUCUCUGACAAUUCGAAAGUCGACACAAACCUGACCGAGAUCUCGGACUACCACGACAGAGAUACGGUCAAUCUAUUGAAAGAAAAAUCCGAGAUUCCACCCUGGGUGCCAAGAUUUUUAAUUGAUGGAGAAUCCCUAGAAAGAAUGGUGAAAUGGAUGAUCGAACCAAAUUACAAGAAAAGACCUACUGCAAAUGAAAUUUUACAUACUGAGGAAUGUAUCUACGUGGAGAUGACUCGCCAAGCUGGUGCUAUCAUUCAGGAAGAUGAUUUUGGACCCAAACCAGGUUUUUUCGCUCCAUAA